AUGGGCCUCGCCCAAGAAACAGAAACCAGCAAGGUCGCCCGGGGCGAAACCGUCGAGAUCACCAAGAUCCCCUACUGGCGAAUGGUAUUUGACCAUGCCGGCCUAACAUACGAGGUCGAAAACUUCCCCUACGCCGGCGCCGGCACCGAGGAGGACCCGUACCUCGUGACGUGGAUCCCCAACGACCCCAGGAACCCCAUGCUCUGGAGCCAGACCCGAAAGUGGUUCAUCACCAUGACGGUCGCCAUGACCACCCUAGCCGUCGCCCUCCUCUCCUCCGCCUACACCGGCGGCAUCGUCGACAUCAUGAAGGAGUUCCACAUCAGCGCCGAGCUGUUCGGCCGCCAGGCCCUCUUCUUCGGCACCUACGCCGUCCUGACCGCCUUCAACGCCGGCGCCGCCGGCGCCCAAAACGCUGCCACCCUCAUGAUCCUGCGCUUCUUCGCCGGCGCGUUCGGUUCCUCCCCGCUCACCAACUCGGGCGGCGUCAUCGCCGACAUGUUCCCCGCCUCCCAGCGCGGCCUCGCCACCAGCCUCUUCGCCGCCGCGCCGUUCCUCGGCCCCGUGCUGGGCCCCAUCACCGGCGGGUUUCUUGGCGCCGCCGCCGGCUGGCGCUGGGUCAUGGGCUACCUGGCCGCCGUCUCGGGCGUCUUUUGGAUCAUUGGCGGGUUCCUCGUCCCCGAGACCUACGCGCCCCUCCUCCUCCGUAAGCGCGCCGCCCGCCUGUCCAAGAAGACGGGUAAGGUGUACGUGAGCAAGACCGAGGCCGAGCAGGGCAAGGUGUCCAUCCAGCGCUCCUUCGUCACCGCCCUCUCCCGUCCGUGGAUCCUCCUCUUCAAGGAACCCAUCGUCCUGCUCCUCUCGCUCUACAUGGCCAUCGUCUACGGCGUCCUCUACAUGCUCUUCGCCGCCUUCCCCAUCGUCUACCAACAAAACCGCGGCUGGAGCCAGGGCAUCGGCGGCCUCGCCUUCCUCGGCAUCAUGGUCGGCAUGAUGUUCGCCAUCAUCUACAGCAUCAUCGACAACAAGCGCUACAUCCGAGUCGAGACCGAGAACAACGGCUUCGCGCCCCCGAAUCCCGCCUACCCCCACCCUCGUGGCAUCCACUGGAUGGCCAGCAUCGCCGCCGGCGUUCCCUUUGGCUUCGGCAUGGUUCUCGUCUUCCUCAGUCUCAUGAACUACCUCAUCGACUCCUACACCAUCUUUGCCGCCUCUGACCUCGGUAUCCACUGGGCCUCCAGCAUCCCCGCCUUCCUCGCCCUCGCCUGCAUCCCCUUCCCUUUCCUCUUCUACAAGUACGGCGCCCAGAUCCGCGCCAAGUGCGUCUUCGCCGCCCAGUCCGCCGAGUUCAUGAAGAGGCUCCAGGCCGGUGCGGCCCUCGCGCCCCGGUCGAAGAGGCGCCAACAGCUCCGAGGAGACCCUCUCGCCCUCCCGGUCCCGGCCCAGCAGCAGGAUGACGGCCCACAGGAGGGCGUCGGUCGCGUCGAGCAGGAGGAGAGCUUCGCUGGCCUACGAUGGAAACCCGUACCAGAUCGACAGGGUGAACACCCACGACGAGAUGUUUAG